GAGAGAGGGGGGGGGGAGAGAGAGAGAGUUAGUUGAAAUGCGCGGUGCAUUCUUCUGUGGAGGCGAAGCGAGCAGCCAUCCGCAGGGCUGCACAAUUGCUCGCAACAUCUCCAGUGAUCAUUCAACCCUUUAUCGGGACACUGGGAGGAAAUCUGAAUGAAUUUUCCUGCAAAAAAAACAAACUCUCAAACGCAUUUCAGUGCAAGCUGCCUGUCGGGUGGAGGUAUAGUGUUGCCUGGGGCCACUGGAGACUCUCUUGUACCUUCUUGUCCUGUGAGGGCUGAUUUGUCCCCUGCGAGGACAGCCUCUCCUCAUCAGCCGCGGAGGAUCCACGGAGCUGCAUUUUGGAGAAUAAUAUCGACACAAUGAUCCGAAGGUGAGCUGAAGUCCUGUUGUGUUCGUCUGUCCGGCUGUCAGAGCUUGAUGUUUAGAGGAAACUGAGAAACACAAAAUGACUGCUGCUAACAUCAGCCCGCUGACCCUCGCCCUCCUCCUCCUCUUACCCUUGGUUUCGAGCCAAGAGGUGCCCACUAACUGUGUGAUCAAGAGGGAGCAGGAGAAAUGCAUGGAAAUGAUGGCCUCGGAUGAUCCUGGGAACGAUCCAGAAUUCGGCUGUCCGUGGUUUUGGGACAAUCUGACGUGUUGGCAGCCCGCCAGGAUCGGUGAGGUGGUCGAAGUCAACUGUCCUGAACUCUUCUCUCAGUUCAUAAGUGAAGAAGACUUUGAGGUGGGGACGGUGAGUCGUAACUGCACUGAGUUUGGCUGGACAGAGACCUUCCCUCAUUACAUCGAUGCCUGCCUGGGUGACGAGGUGAACACCACUCAACCGGACAUGUACUAUGUGUCAGUGAAGGCUCUGUACACUGUGGGCUACAGCACAUCGUUGGUCUCCCUCACCACGGCCAUGGUCAUCCUGUGCAGGUUCAGGAAGCUGCACUGUACCAGGAACUUCAUCCACAUGAACCUAUUUGUGUCGUUCAUAUUGAGAGCUAUUUCAGUCUUCAUCAAAGACGGCGUGCUGUACGCCAAAGAGGACAGCGAGCACUGCUUCAUACACACCCUGGAGUGUCGAGCAGUGAUGAUAUUCUUCCAUUACUGCGUCCUCUCGAACUACUUCUGGCUCUUCAUCGAGGGUCUGUACCUCUUCACUUUACUGGUGGAGACCUUCUUCCCUGAAAAGAGAUACUUCUACUGGUACAUCAUCAUCGGUUGGGGGGCCCCCACAGUGUGUGUGACCAUCUGGGCGGUGCUGAAGCUACACUUUGAUGAUGUCGGGUGCUGGGACACGAAUAACAACGCUGCCAUCUGGUGGGUGAUCAAGGGACCUGUGCUCGCCUCUAUUAUGAUCAACUUUGUGCUCUUCAUCGGCAUCAUCAUCAUCCUUGUCCAGAAAUUACAGUCCCCAGAUAUCGGUGGGAAUGAAUCCAGUAUUUACCUGAGGUUGGCCCGCUCCACUCUGCUACUGAUUCCUCUGUUUGGGAUCCACUACACUGUGUUUGCCUUCUCCCCUGAGAACGUCAGCAAGAGAGAGCGUCUGGUGUUUGAGCUCGGCCUCGGAUCCUUCCAGGGCUUUGUCGUGGCUGUCCUCUACUGCUUCCUGAAUGGAGAGGUGCAAUCGGAGAUCAAGAGGAAAUGGCGCAGCUGGACGGUGAACAGGUACUUUGCUGUGGACCUGAAGCACCGGCAUCCUUCGCUGGCGAGCAGUGGGGUGAACGGGGGCACUCAGCUGUCCAUUCUCAGCAAGAGCAGCUCGCAGAUCCGCAUGUCCAGCCUGCAGGCCGAGACCCCGGCCACCUGAGUGACGCCGGUGGGGACGCCGUGUCCGGCAACGCCACCGCCGCCGCCUCCGGACCUGACGCCGCCAAACCUGCCACACCCACCAUCCUCCCGAUGACCAGCCUCGCCAACCCGUUCCUCAACCCGUACCCCAACCCGUACCCAGACGA